AUGGCAACUGUUGAAUUUUCUAACAAGGAUGACGUACGCAAGGCAAUUUCUAAAUAUGAUCAUCAUGAAUAUCGUGGUAGAGAAAUUUUUGUUAGACAGGACUACCCACCACCUGGAGAUAAGAAAAAGGAAGCCAGUCAAUCUGGAAGUUCAGAAAGAUUCUCUCGUAGCAGCACGUACGCUGAAAGAAGCGAUAGGUUUUCUAAAAGAGCACCGCAAUCAAGAGAAAGAUUUCAACCAUCUGCUCCUAAGCCAGGCACAGAAAUUUUUGUUGGAAAUUUACCAUUUUCAAUCAAUUGGCAAGCAUUGAAAGACUUGAUGCGCAAAGCUGGUGAAGUGGUUAGAGCAGAUGUCAGAACGGACAAUUGGGGUAAGUCAAGAGGUUUCGGUACUGUCGUAUUUAGCACCGAAGAAGAGGCAGCUAGAGCAGUAGAAGAAUUCCAAGGAUUCGAAAUUGAAGGCAGAAAACUCGAUACUCGUCCGGGACGUGUCUACAGCCAAGAAAGAAAUAGCAGCUCAGAUAUAGUAUCCUCGAAUACUAAUGAAAAUCCAGAAGCUACACAUGAGAAUACAGAGUUCACUGAAAACGUAACUGGUGAUGGCGAAAAAUCUAAUACCAUUUUUGCCUCGAAUUUACCAUGGGUCACCAAUGUUGAUGACUUGUAUGAGUUAUUCGAAACUAUUGGAAGGGUCACUAAAGCAGAAAUCCAAUACAAUGAAGCUGGUAAGCCAUCAGGUAAUGCUGUUAUCCAAUUCGAGUUAGAAGAGCUCGCAGAAUUAGCUAUAGCUAAUUUAGAUAACUACAAUUACGGUGGCAGAGAUUUAAAAAUUUCCUACGCUAAUAAAUUGUGA